AACCGAUCCCCUCAGUCGCCUGAAGCUUCUUCAUCUUCAGAGUCGCAAUCCACUCCCCUUCCAUGCCGUCCUCGCCGUCGCGGCCGCCGGCGGCGGAGGAGGUCUCCGACGAUGAGAUGUCCGACGGAGAGGUACCGCCUCGCCAGUCCGCGGCGUCCUUAGUCAGGGGAGUGGCGAACCGCGCCGCGCCGGGCUCGGCCGGCGAAGAGGAAGAGGAGAUUUACAACGACGACGACGACGAGAGCUCCGAUUACGACAACUCCUACGACGACGACGACGAAUCCGAUGAGAGCGGCUCGUACUACGAAGACGGCGAGGAGGAGGAGGAGGAGGGCGCCCGCGGGGACAGGGCCUCCGGGCGCGCGGAGGAGGAGGAGGCUGCGCCGGCCGGCGUGGGCGGCGGCGCGGAGGCGGAGGGGAGUUCCCGGGCGGCCACCACCUGCUGCAUCUGCAUGGAUUCCUGGGCCUCCUACGGCGCUCACCGCAUCUGCUGCAUUCCCUGUGGACAUGUCUACGGCAGAUCCUGCUUGGAGAGGUGGCUGCGCCGCGGCGGCAACACGAGCGCCAAGUGCCCUCAGUGCAGUGAAAGGUUCAAGCACAGGCACAUCAUCAAUCUCUACUCGUCGUCGGUGCAUCUCUGGAACGAUUGCUGCCUCAAAGAGGUCCAAGCUACCGACCCGAGCCUGAGCCAGCGCACGAGCACGACCAUGACAGGUGCGCAGUCACACUCCCUCCUAGCCGAGCGGCACUAUGCCUACAUGGAGUACACACGCCAGGAGACUAUGGCGUGGAGCGCAAGAUUUGCAGCCGUCGAGGACCACAACACUCGCAUGAUGACGCUCAUUUGUGAGAGCAUGGCGGCCCGCACGGUUCCUGUAAUGGAACCACCACCACCUAUUGGACCACAACCAGUGCUGCUUACCUUCGAGGAAUUUCUGGCACAACACCCAGGGACUACGGUGGGAAUCGGUGGAUCAUUCGUUGGUGGUGAUGUCGGUCAGGGCGUCACUCCCGAGUCACGGAGCCCGGUCACUCCGAUCCAUCGAGGCGGUGGCGGUCUUGGCGGUAGCGUUGCCGCUAGCAGUGACGACCUGGGCUUUGUCGGACUUGGCGGUGGUGGUGGACGUCCUGGC